AUGGCAUCACCAACUGAUCCUAAAGAUCUUUCUAAAUUACGUUCAGUUGCACCAAUAAAUAAUGAUCCUAAUGCUUCACCAGCAACAAUCUGGGAUAAAAUAAAAUAUAAUUUUUCUAUAAUAUCUGGUUCAUUUAUUUGUAGUAUGGCUGCAUUUCUUUUAACAACAAAUUGUAAUCGUGUAUUUCAAGCUGCUAUAAUUUCUUUGCCAAUUUUAAGUAUGGGACGUUUUACACAAUGUCGUGCAGCAAAAUAUCAUGAACGUAAAGCAACAAUACUUGUAUCAAAAAUGAUACGUACUAAACUAUUAACUGAUGGUACAGCUAAACAAGCAGAAUUUGAACGUUUAUUUGCAAAAUCUAAAGUCAAAUUAGCUGAAUUCGAACGUCAACUUGAUGAAAUUAUACCUAAACAACAAACUAGAGAAACUUAA